UCGGUCAAUUUGUUGUUCGCACGAUUCGGCCAGCAUGGCAGCCGCCUACUUCGCGUCAAGGAAUCAUUCAGAGAGGGAAAGGUGGAUUUCCAUCUAUCCGGCCUACAUAAAUAGCAAGAAAACCAUUGCAGAAGGAAGGAGGCUACCACGUGACAAGUGUGUGGAAAAUCCAACUUACCAAGAGAUCAGAGAUGUCUUGGACUCAAAGGGGUUUCAAGUUGGAGUUGAGAACAAGCUGUAUCCAAGAGAACAGAACAAGGACAGCGUGACGUUUCGUGGCAGAAUCCGUGUACAGCUAAAAAAUGAUGACAGCACACCGGUCAAUGCCAACUACCCAACAAGAAAGGCGCUAAUGAUGUGCGUAUGUGAAAUGAUUCCCAAGCUCAAAUCUCGAACACAGAGGCAAGGAGGCGGUGACUCAACGCAGGGGCAAGCAGCACAAGCCAGCAAGAAGGGUGGAGGUGGCAAAGGAAAUAAGAAGGGCAAGCGAUAACGACUGCCUCACUUCGAUGUACACCCCUGGCUGCCAUUCCCCCUAUUUUGCAAAAUAAAAUGUUUGCUUUCA